UGUCGCUCACCGUCGCCGCACAAGCGCACAGUGACCCCUGUGUGUGAGUCACGGUUCAGCGCCACAUGCUGAAGAAAUGCCUGUCUCUCCCCCUGAGAGUGCUGUCGUCACCGGUCAGCUCUGGAAGCGGGACCUACCCCGGAGGCUCCGCACUUCAGCCGUGGAGGAGCUGAGAGGAGCCCGGGCCAGUCACACAGGCUCUCUCCGAAGAUGUGAAGAUAAACACCGCGUUACAGCACCGCGUCCCCCUCACUUUCCAGCACCGGAGGAGACAUUUUUCAUUUUUUUCUUUUUCUUUUUUUCAGUUAAAGCAGUCAGCUGCAGCGCUUUUUAUAUUUACGUUCUUCCCUCUUUUCUCCCCUCUUUCUUUUUUUAAUUUUUGGCAUUUAUGAGCGGUCGCUAUGGCAGUUCUGUCCACAUCCGGGCUACAAUGCUUUGACUCCAUUAUUGUCUAAAACUGGCGGAGAGGUUCAUUAAACCUUAUUAUUAUUAUUUUUUUCUACAUCCAACGACACGUUUUUAGUAGGCGCAGUGAAGGCUCGGAUCAAGAGGAGAUGUCUAACCAAGGAGUCCGGCGGAAUGGCCCCGUCAAACUGAGAUUAACAGUCCUGUGUGCCAAAAACCUGGCAAAGAAAGACUUCUUCCGUCUCCCUGAUCCGUUUGCCAAGGUUGUCGUGGACGGUUCAGGCCAGUGCCACUCCACAGACACUGUGAGGAAUACGCUUGACCCCAAGUGGAACCAACACUACGAUCUGUACAUCGGAAAAUCGGACUCGAUCACCAUCAGCGUGUGGAAUCACAAGAAGAUUCAUAAGAAGCAAGGGGCCGGGUUCCUGGGCUGUGUCCGCCUUCUGUCUAAUGCCAUCAACCGCCUUAAAGACACGGGCUGUAAGUAUCAGUGA